AUGGCUGAAGCUGAACUUACUAGAAUGAGUAAUGCCGCACAGAGUAAGCAACGGAAAAAAAAUUUGGAAACACCUGUUGACCUACAACAGUACGCAUCAGCUACUUUAGGAAGUAGCAAUUUACGUGAUGCUGUUAAACUGCCUAACGGCGAGAAUCUGAACGAGUGGAUUGCAGUUAACAUACUGGACUUCUUUAACCAAAUCAGUAUGCUCUAUGGCACAAUAACUGAGCAUUGUACUUCCCUCUCCUGCCCAAAAAUGUGCGCCGGACCUCUUUACGAAUAUUUUUGGUCUGAUGAAGCUAAGGCAGUGUCCUGCUCAGCUCCUGUAUAUAUUGAUUACCUGUUUGCAGCAGUACGAGAACAGUUAGAUGAUGAAAAUAUAUUCCCUUCACAAGUUGGUGUACCAUUUCCACCAAACUUUAUGCAUGUUGCAAAAACAAUAAUGAGGAGGUUGUUUCGUGUUUAUGCUCAUAUCUAUCACCAACAUUUGGACUUAAUAGAGCAAUUGAAAGAACUUGAACAUCUGAACACUAGUUUUAAGCACUUUAUGUUAUUCGUUCACGAGUUCGAUCUUAUUGAAACAGAACAUCUUGCGCCUUUGAAGGAGUUUAUUGAUGUUCUUGCUCCUAACCGUGAAUCUGGUUCCAAUAUCUAA